UACACACAGACAUGUACAUACAUCCACAGACACACAUACAUACACACAAACACACGUACACACAAACACACACGUACAUACACACAGACACAUGUACAAUUGUACAUACACACACACACACCCCCCCCCCCCAUAAAAAGUUGCAGUACUUCGUUGUUCACUCACAGAUCCGGGUACUGCACUCUAGGAGGAGGCAGAGAGCACAAUACACAAUCCUUCCUUUGCUUUCACUCUGCGCUCAGCUAUUGAGCAGUCUGAUGGCUCCCAGUGCCAAUGACAGAUCCGGCCUGAGCUCCGAGCCUGCUCAGCAAAAUGGCCCUGGGGGACACACUUGCCCCCACCAUGAUUUCCACUCGCCAUUGGCGAGCAGAAAUUUUAAGCCCUGGUUUAGG